AUGGCAUAUUUAUUGCAGCAGCUUAAAAUCAAACUUUUUGGAUGUGCUCCUCCUCAACCCGAGCCUGUGGUUGAAGCGCAGAUUGAAACUGUCAAGCAAGUUCAACCGAAGAAGAAGAGGAGGAAUCGAAACAGGAACCGCCACAAACAAAAAGUUUUCAGGACUCUAGAAUCUGAGAAAUUAACUAAGACUUUUUAAUCGUGUUUCAACUCAGGAAUACUCCAUUGGAGAAAAAUCUGGUGACAAAGGAAGUUUAAAGGCACUUCCUGAGCCAUCUUCUGAGGAAGGUUGGACAACUGUCCCUGAUAUCCUGAGCACAAAAAGUGUACAGAAAGUUGAUGAGAAGUUGCUUACUAAUUGCAAAAAGAGUCAGAAAACCAACAAGUUAGCAAUAAAAAGAUUUAAUUCUGAAGGUGGUCAAGAUUCCUUUAGGAGCCAUGGCCUUGAGGACACUCAUAAGAAGCCUAAAGCCAAAGACAAGAAAAAGAAAUCAAAAAAGAAGAGAGGUGGGCAUAAUAAGAUUGCCAAAAGGAUUGUCUUUGAGCUCAAAGAGGGCUCCAAUUCGGAUAGUAAUAAUCAGCCUCAGGAAGGGGAUAAAAAUAAUAAACCGCUGAGUAAUAGAAAAGAUCAGAGAAAAAUAAAGUCUCCAAAUUAUCAAAACCGUAAAAAGAAUAUGGCUCAUGUGAUGAAGAAGUCUAUUACCCUGUGGGAUGAGACUCAGUCCGAUACAUCUAAUGCCCAGUCAGCUCAGGAUCCUAAAAUCAAGGCUUCCAAGAUUAUUGAGAAUUCUUCCAUGACCAAUUUCAAAAUACUAAAUGAUGACACUCAGAGCGAGGUUAGAUGUAUUGAAACAGCAGAAACUCCUCGAGAAGAAAUUAAAGAGAAACGGUUAUUUAAUUUCGACUCCUAUUCCGAAAGAGGUCCUCGAUAUAGCUGUAAAUCUCUCCAAAAUACAGAUUGAAAGAACUCUCCUGUAAAGAAGCCGGUAAAGAACAGGACUCGAAUCAAUAGUAAUGUCAAACCUUUCUGUUCCAAUUAUUCGAAGCAUCAGAAGAAUCGGUACUCGCAUGGGUAUUUUGAUAACAAUUAUUGGCAGGGUCAUCAAGACCCUCCUUCUGACAUAAAUUUUGGCAAUCUGAUGCAAAACGGCUGUUUUCAAUUAUUGAAUGAAAAAUUACAAGCAUUUGCAAGUGGGAGAUUUGAAAGACCUCAACAGUCACCAAGAUAUUUUAAUGAUCAUUUCAGAGCGAACACUGUGACUAAGUCUAAGACUGUCGUCUCAGGAGCAGCAUUCUCGGAGAGCGGCUUUGGAGAGAAUAUUGAUAGACUCUAUACAAGCGAAUCAAGUGAUAUGGAUUAUUAUGAAACUCAGUAUGAUGAAGCAAGGUUUUACAACCGCCUAGACCAAGAAAUUUAUCUCUUCGUAGACUCUAUAGAAAAGAAAAUUGCAAGCGUCUCUUCAGAAAGAAAGACGCUAGAAAGAAAAAUUUUAGAUAUCUGACACUCAGCCUUUAGUGACCAGCCUGUAAAGCUUGACAUGUUUGGGAGUCUUACCACAGGGCUUGCUCUUGAAAGUAGCGAUAUGGACCUCGUUGUUACAGGACUUAAAAUUCAAGAUCGUGAUGAUGUGAUCGCCCAUAUCAGAAUCCUUCAAAGUUAUUUUAAAAAAUUUGAAUACUUCACAAAACUUUCCUAUCAUCAAACUUGAAGCAGACCUCCAGAAGGUGAGAGAUGAAGAAAGCCAGAAGAAUUCGUUAGCUGUUGAUCCUAA